AUGGGGAGGGAGAUCACGAAGUGCACAAAAGUCCCCAAGAGUGGAGGCGUGCGUUUUAUGGAGUAAAACUUAGGUGGGAAGUUCUUGGAUUGUUGUUUUGUUCCUUUACUUCUGGGAUUAUGACGUUGGAGGAGCAUGAUUUGUUCUUUGCAGACCCGAGCGAGCCGAAUUGGACGAGGAGGAAAGCUCUUAUUGACAUGAAAUCUUGUGUGGAAAUGUGUAUAGAGUUGUGUGGCAACUCUUAG